UUAGUUUUUUUCAUAUUUUUAUCAUUUGAAGCAUAGUCUUACUGCAAAAUACGGCAUAUCGCACGUCAAUUUGACGGCAAAACAACAUUUAAAAACAAAAGUGAGGCUACUUCAAAAUAUCCGUUUCCUUUUUUCAAAAUAAAGCAAAAGCCGACACUAAUUUGCCAUUCAUCAAAAGACAGAUACAAAUUAUCCUUUGGAGAAAAAAAAGGAAGAAUUCUUGAACUAGUAUAUCUGCCAAAUUAAAACGCUAAACUGGACAACUCGAGUUCUGUUGCAUUUCAAUCUUUUCCAAGGGAGGCAUCCCACAGACAGCAUGGACUGACAAAUGGUGACCAUUCACAUAAACCUGAAAACGGCUACCAUAGCUCAACAAAUGAAGUAGAAAAUGUGCACAGACAGUCUCCUCCAGUCUCUUCUGUUCAAAAUAAGACCAGCUCCUCUUCAAGAUGGAUUGCCCCUCUAUUUUUGCAUGAUAUAACUGAUCGGAAUGAACUAAUUUUCCGAAGAGUAAGAGGGAUUUUAAACAAGCUAACUCCUGAAAAGUUUGAUAAGUUGUGUUACGAUUUGCUUAAUGUUGGAAUACAUAAUAAAACAAUAUUGAAGGGUAUUAUUAUUUUGAUUUUUGAGAAAGCUAUUGAUGAACAAAAAUAUUCUAAUUUAUAUGCGCGAUUGUGUCAACGAUUUCGACAUGAAGUCCCAAAUUUUGAUGAACCAACAUCAAAUACAACAACCUUUGUGCGGUUGUUGCUCAGCAAGUGUCAAGAGGAAUUUGAAACUAGGUCAAAGGCCUCAUCUGUCUAUGACAAGAAAAAUGGGUCAUUGUCACCCUCCGAGCAGGAAGCAAAGCAGGUGGCAAAAAGAAAAAUGUUGGGAAAUAUUAAAUUCAUCGGAGAACUUGGUAAGUUGGAGCUUGUACAAGAAGCCAUCUUGCACAAAUGUAUUCAACAGCUGCUUGCUAAGAAAAAGAAAGUUUCAUUGGUUGAUAUGGCAGAGGAUAUUGAAUGCUUGUGUCAAAUAAUAACAACAAUCGGUAAACGGUUAGAUACACCAAAGGCGAAGAAUAUUAUGGACCAAUAUUUUGACAGAAUAUAUGUAUUGUCUGAAUCUGAAGAGCUUCCAUCACGCAUAAGAUUUAUGUUGCAAGAUGUUCUUACACUUCGGAAGCACAAGUGGGUGCCAAGGCGAAUCCAGCAGGAAAAUGGACCAAGAUCUGUAACACAGAUGAGAUGGGAAAUGAUGGGGCCAAUGAUGCCUCCCCCAUUUCCAUUUUUCCCUUCUGGAAUGGUUCCACCAGGAAUGAUGCCUAACAUGCCGAUGCCACCUUUUGCUGCAAAUGGUGGACCCAUGCCUUGGCUGAAUGAUUCAAUGCUUGCUGGCGGAAUCAUGCCACCAUCAAUGGAUCCAAAGCUUACUGAAUUUACAGAUGAUACAAAAGAUAUUUUUGGUAAACCUGUUCAAAAACAACCUACAGCUAGUAAAUACUCUGGUUCUGCAUCUAAAUUACAAGCCAAACCAGAUCUUUUUGAACCACACUACAUGAAAUCGAAGGGAAGCAGUGCAUCAAAAGCAGCCAUUUCUGCCUUGCAUAUGUACAAUAACCCACAACUGAAAACACAAAACACCCACAGAACAAACAUGGUAGCAGAUGAAAAAGAAAGUACAAAGACACGCUCAUCUGCAAUUAACAGGAAUAACCCAUGGAAUGUGGAUCCAUUCAUGCCACAUUACAAGAAACCAGCUGUUUUCCCCGUAAACGAUGAAGCUGUUAAAUCUGACCAGGCUAAAGUUUCCAAAGUACCGUUAUCAGGAUUGCCCCACACUAGUAGAUCAAAUGGAUUGAAUCCAUACAACAACAAAUCAUCUAACAAAGAUGGAGAGAUAAGUCUGAGACCAUCGUCAUUUUUAAGCAAAAAAGAUGAAAAACCCAAAACGACAUUUGCAAAAGUUGAGGACUUACCAGCUAACAUGCAACAAUUCACCAAUCUUACUAUCAAUGACAAAACAAACAAGACUAAAAAAACUGGAUUGACAAAAGCAGACAUUGACCAGAAAAUCGUGGCCAUGAUAGGUCAAUAUCGUCAGGAUGCGGACAUUGAAAAAGUUUGCAAUGAACUUCAGUCACUUGCUACUAAUUUGAAGUAUUCCAAAAUGGUGGCGAAACAGUUUCUUCAUUUUUCGACCAAUCAAGAGGAUAAAGAUUGGGAAAUGUUGGCAAAUAUUUGUGUGGAGUGUGGUAAAAAGUUUAUCAUCUCUGAAGACACCUUUCUUAAUACUUUUACCCAGCUUUUUGACGAUGCCAAAGUGAUGGAAAAAGCUAUUGGAAAAGAAUUCAUUUCAACGUUCGCAGCUAUCUUUAUACAUAAUGAUUUAAUGUCAUUGACCAGUUUUGUUGAGCAUUUCCAAGAUGGUCGCCACUACCCGAUAGUCUUGCUAUGUUUUGCAUACAUGUGCGAAAAGAAUGGAAGGGAGUGGUUGGAAAAUACCUAUAAACAAUCAAAGAUAGAUCUACGUUUGACUUUUCCAAAGGACUCCCGUAGCGAUGAUGACGUUCUGAAAACAGUGGACGAAAAGAAUUUAACAUUCCUGUUUCCUCACCUAUGCUUAAAAGAAGAGCUUUUAAAUUUGAUUAAGCAAGAUAAACCUGAAGACUCUCUUAUCAGUUGGGUCGAGAACAAUGUCGCGAACAAAGUGGAGAAAAAGUUACUUAUCCAUAUGAUAGUUAUUUGUGCGGUUGCUGUAGCAACGCAGGAAACAUUUUCAAACAGCGACCUUACACAAAAGCCUGAUAAAGAACUGCAAGAGAAAGAAAAAGACAUUUUAGAAGGAUUGAAAAAUUUAUUGAAAAAUAACAUCGGCUCUGAUGCCGCGUUGCAGCUGGAAGCUAUCUAUGCCUUGCAAAUAUUUUGUUGCGAGAAGUCAUUUCCUAAAGAAAUGUUAUUGCGUUUAUUUAUCCUCUUCUACAAUUUGGAGAUAGUUGAGGAAGAUGUAUUUUUAAAAUGGAAAGAAGACAUCAAUGAUUCAUAUCCAGGAAAAGGCAAUUCUUUAUUUCAGGUGAACAAUUGGUUGCAGUGGUUAGAAACUGCAGACGAAGAAGAUGAAGAAGAAGACGAAGAAGAAGGUUGAUGACAAAAACAGUGCGAAGGAGAGUAUAACGAGUAAAAAAACGGAAUGAAUGUGAAAACGAAUGAAUGUGAAAACAGGGCGAAGAACUUUCAAUUUUUAAUUACUGAAUAUAUAUUAAAAAUAAAUGUUGAUAAAUUUAAAAAUUUUGUGUGCCUUAGUAUCGUAGUUUUUUUAUAUAUGCAAUAAAAAUUUCUGAACAUACAAAGAGUGGGAGAAAAUGUAAAACAACUGCAAUAACUAUUAUACAAAAAAAAUAUAUGCCUUAUUUGAUUUUUCAGUUUUAUUUUCUCAAUUAAAUUAAUAUUUCUUUGUGUCUUUUCAGUUUAUUUAUUAGCAUUUUUUUAUGUUAUUUUUGGGUGCUGGAGAAUUUACCUUGUACGACGAUUUACUCGAUCGUCGUAUUUAAUGCAUGAUGUAGACAGAGCUGAUGGAGUGAAAUAUUAAAUCUUUUAAA